AGGUACCAGUGGAAAAGCAUUUCUAAUAAAUAUAAAAAAUCAUAAUAUUCUGCUCCAAGAAGCAAUGGCUUCUCAAGCUGGUUGUGAUGAUAUUGAACAAAGCCUAUUGACAACUGAUGAGCAAGGCUACACUGCUCUUCAUCAUGCAGUAAUGGCAAGUGAUCUCGCAACUUUGAAGAAACUUCUGUCAUAUGCAGAUGAAAGGUGCGUCAACAUGGAGAGCCAUGAUCGGUCCACUGCGCUCCUUCUGCUCUGUAAAAGAUUCACUCCUGAGUCGCAGACUGACUUGCAAACUGAGGAAGAAAUUCUGGUGAGCCUCCUAGCUGCUGGUGCAAAUCCUAAUCUGCCUCAACCUGAUCCAGUUUCCUUACCUCUAUUUGCUGGUUUUAGCAGGCUGGACCAUGUCGGGUCACUCGGGUGUGGUGUUCUUGUUCACAAACUUCUUCAUGAUAUUUUAAAUCUGCCAGCUUAUUGCUCUUCUCUGUGUGAGAG